CGGCGGCCGCCGCAGCCGGCAGCAUCGCGGCGGGACCGCCCGGGGAUGCGGCCGCGCUAAGAACAAAAGCCCUCUCCGCGGUCACGCUUCGGGGUUUCGAAGCGCGGCGGGGAAGGGGCCCGGCCCGGGCAAACUUGGAUCGCUGCCCCCUCUUCGGACUCUCCACGGCGUCCGGAUCGAGCCGCCCGAAGCUUCCCCGCACGCCGCGGGCAGCGCCCGAGAGACCGUCGCCCCCCGGCCGCCGGCCGUCCCGCCGGGGCUGCCCGGACCCCGCUCCGCCCGGCGCCGGGGCCCCCUCCGCCGGACCUUGGCUUUGCCCUUCGCGCGGCAGGUGGCGGGGCCAGCGGAGAAGGAUGCGUUUCUUCCCGUGGGGAUUUUGGCUGCUGUGUGUCGCCUCCGCCCCGGCUCGCGGUGACAGCGGCAGCAAGGCGAGGAGCUGCGCCGAGGUCCGGCAGCUGUAUGGGGCCAAGGGCUUCAGCCUCAACGGCGUGCCCCAGGCCGAGAUCUCCGGGGAGCACCUGCGAAUCUGUCCACAAGGCUACACCUGCUGCACCAGCGAGAUGGAAGAGAACUUUGCAAACAAAAGCCGAAGUGAAUUUGAAGCCAUGAUGAAAGAGGCCGGCCGCUCUGUGCAGACGAUCCUAACGGCGCAGUACAGAAGCUUUGACAAUUAUUUCCAGGAUUUGUUGAACAAGUCAGAAAAAGCCCUUUAUGAUACUUUUCCAAGCCUGUAUGGAGAACUAUACACUCAGAAUGCAAAAGUCUUCAAGGACUUGUACAGUGAGCUACGCCGCUACUACAGGGGCUCCAACAUCAACUUGGAAGAGGCCCUGAAUGAAUUCUGGACACGCUUGCUGGAACGACUCUUCAAGCUGAUGAAUGCCCAGUACCACAUCACUGAUGAGUACCUGGACUGCAUGGUGAAACAUGCAGAGCAGCACAAGCCCUUCGGGGAGGUUCCCAGGGACCUGAAGGUGAAGGCAACACGAGCCUUCAUCGUGGCACGCUCCUAUGCACAGGGCUUCCUCGUGGGCAGCGAUGUGGUCAAAAAGGUUUCUCAGGUGUCCCUCAGCCACGAAUGCACCCGCGCUGUCAUGAAGCUGAUGUACUGCCCGCACUGCCGGGGCAUGGCCAGUGUGAGGCCGUGCAGCAACUACUGCCUGAACGUGGUGAAGGGCUGCCUGGCCAACCAAGCUGACCUGAACACCGAGUGGAAGUACCUGAUGGAUGCCCUGGUCGCUGUGGCUGAUCGGAUUGAUGGACCGUACAAUGUAGACACAGUAAUAGGGACUAUUCACAUGAGGAUCUCUGAAGCUAUUUCUAACUUACAAGAAAACAAAGAUUCAAUCACAGCCAAGGUUUUCCAAGGCUGUGGAAAUCCCAAAAUCAGCACAAAAGGCUCCAGCAGUGAGGACAAGAAGAGGCGGGGGAAGGUCACAUUAGAAGCCAAAUACUCUGCAGUGUCACUGGAGAUGCUGGUUUUGGAUGCCAAAGGGAAUCUGACAGCUCUCAAGUCUUACUGGGUCACCCUGCCCGGAGUCCUGUGCAGCAAAAAAGUAAUGGCCAGCUCAGCAGCGGAUGACAAGUGUUGGAAUGGGAUGACCAAGGGCAGUUACCUGCCUGAAGUGAUGGGGGAUGGCUUAGCUAAUCAGAUUAACAACCCAGAGGUGGAGGUGGACAUCACCAAGCCAGAUAUGACCAUUCGCCAGCAAAUCAUGCAGCUGAAGAUCAUGACAAACCGGCUGGGCAACGCCAACAUCGGGAAUGAUGUGGAUUUCCAAGAUGCGAGUGACGACAUGAGCGGCUCAGGCAGUGGUGACAGCUGUCCUGACGACGUCUGUGGCAAAAGACUUUCUAAGAGCCCCAGCACCAGACAGCCAGAAACGCAUGCUAUCCCAAAGCAGUCCGGACGCGGCGUCAUUGGGGCCAGCAGCAGAUCUUUGCCUUCUGCCUUCCUCCUCUUCCUUUCGGGGGCUUCCAUUGCCGCGCAGCACUUGUGGCGGUAACUCAGCAGGACAGCCAGGAAAGAGACUGCGGCCGAGGGCUUCACUUUGCCAAAACCAACCAACAAAAGGACAGACGUACUUCACCUUGGCAAAAAAAAAAGAAAAAAAAGAAAAAAAAGGAAAAGGAAAAAAAAAAAAUAGAGGGAGGAGAUAAAGGUUUCGGUUGUUCGCUAUUUCUGGCAGUGCUCGAGCUGUUUUCUUCUUUCUUGGUCUCUUCCCCAAUGCUGGGCCCUUCUUUCCAUACCUCAUUGUUUUACUUUUGUUAUUGCCACAAAACUGGCUUGUAGGGCUGAACUGAGCCCUCGCAGAGAGGCUUCCUGGCAGCCCCUCCAGGGGCAGCUCUCGUACCGCCUGCAGCGGAAUAUGCAAUUCCCCUGAUCUUGUUACCCAGCCGCCGGCCAGAGCGCUGCAUAACGUGCUGCUGCUGGGCUGAGAGCAACGUGGGGAGACCGAGCGCGCCUGCACUGUGCAGGCACUGCAUUCAGGGGCUCCUCCAAGGUUUCCCUCUGUACUGCUGAACCAGGCAGAGGUGGCCCUUCACUUCCAUCUGUGUGCACGGGAGUGUGAGCAGAUGUGGUGCGUUGAACUGAAACGAUUUGGCAGUGACUGUUGGACCCAAAAAUGUAGAACUCCCUUUUUCUUUGGAAAGGUCACAAAUGGGUUUCUUGACUAGAGCUCGUAGCUGAUGACGUUUUUAAAUGUAGGGCUCCUACAUCUAAGUGACUGGGAAUGAGUGUUAGGGGUUGGGUUUGGGGUAUUUUUUCUUUGCAUGCUAGUUGGAAAGCCAUUUUUUACCCAAGUAAUAAUGGUCCAAUUUCUACCUGCAGUGCAGUACCAUAAAAGGUAACAGAGAGAUGAAAGUAUGCACAGUAGGAUUUCUUACUGGACAGAUAGUUGUGCUGCCUCUGCCUCGUCUGGCUCCAGCCAUGGGUAUGAAUGCCUUUUUUUUUUUUUUUUUCUUUUUAUUAUUAGAAAGACCAGGGGCUGUGUACUGAUGAGAGCACUGUGACUGCUUGUGAGAGCUCACACGGGCACACGCAGCAUCACCCCCUACCUUAGGGCCGCGCUCUGCUGGCAGUCAGCCUGUGGCAGUUGGCUGUGCCCAAAACUUGUUUUUAACAUGUAGCAGUUUGUAAAGAGAGGAUCGGAACAUAAGCAAGGCAGUGCUAACAGCUGGUGCAGAGCUCGUCCCUUUGCAGGCAGAGCUGCAGGUCCGGGGCUGGGCAGGGGGUGCCUGGUGCUGGGUGGCAGUGUGGGGGUGUGGGCUGCUGUGCCCUUCCUGCCCAGUGCUCCUGGCAGUGCUGUGAGGCUCAGCCAUGUACAGCCAUGGAUAAACAAUAGCCAUGGGCUUACACAGGUUUACUUAGCUCUGGAAGUGCAGAAGAGCUCCUGUCGUUUUUUUUUUUCCUUUAACUAGAAUUGCCAACACAAAUGUAGCCUUCAGUUACGUAGAUUUCCACAACUGCAGAAAGUUUCAAAGCAAAGCAAAAGGGGAAAAGGCACUAAAACAUUGCAGCCGCUUCAAAGAAGGGUUGUGUUGGAGCUUUAAAAACAAGUGCUGAGGAUCCGUGCUUUGUGUAGUAGAGCUUCGGAAGGAGUCUUCAUCAUUUCCAGCUCCAUGAAGUGAGUGUUUGCUGUCAGCCUCUCACACUAACCAGCUCCCUCUGGGCUCUGAGAGGAGCACACUUUAACCAAGAGUUCAGCGUGUCCCAUUAAUGCUUUAACAGUUAGAUAGUCCACACUCUCAGCUCUGGUACAACAAUAACAUAGCAGGAGCAGUUAACCCUUUGAGGGUGAGAGUGGUGUUGGGUCUGUUUGGAAGGGCCUCGUCCUCAGGGUGCGGAGCUGUGGUCUAUAGAGGUGUAUCAAUGAAGUCUCCUGUCUUUGUAAAAGGGAGAACCAGAAAUAGCAGAUUCCCAAAGGUCUGUGUCCUUCAGCCUGCUUUUCUGUGCCAUAACACGUAUGUUACGUUCUAACUUAGGGUGAGGUCCCCACGGGCUGAGUGCAGCUGCUCACCAUUUGCAGAUGACAAACUGCCUGUUUUUUUCAGUGGGUUGGGAGGGGCUAAGGCAGAGCAAAUAUCUCACGGCCACCUUUGCUUUAAAACAGAUGCAUUUCUAUCUGCAGGAGACAGAAUUAUUUCACUUACUGGCAUAGCUGGACAGUUACCUAUUUCUUUCUGUUACCAAGGUACUUGUAACUCUCUUGCACUGUUUAUCUAAAAAGUUAAAACAUGUUCUUUGAAUCCUUGUAUAAAUAAAAAGGCUGGAGACAAAUCUGUACUUACGGGGCACUUUGAUUACUUCUCCAUUUCUGCUGAGUUUGGUUUCUUCCUCCCUUUUAAGGCAGAGGUAAAGGCCAGUUCAGUAGUCCUGAGGGAUGACCCUCAGUCAUGGGUUUCCCUCACCAGCAAUGCCAUGUAACUUGGUAAAACAAGAGCUAGGGUUUUAUGGGUGCAGUGUAUGUGCAAACCAGACAUAGUGACUGCAGGUCACCAAAGCAGGUAUUCUGAACAUUCUCAUAGAAAGGCACAAAAAGUCACUGCAUAACAAAACAGAAUCAGAAAUGCCCUUGGUGUGUCACAGCCAAGUGUUGGGCUCAUUAUCUACAGUGGC